AUGGACGAUAAGGUCGAACUUCGACGUGCCAAUAGGCUGGCUUGGCAGAAAGAAGGCACAGUACUCACGAGAGCAAUCGCAGACGAUGCGCAGUUUAAGAAUCUCGACAGCAAUAUCAAGAAGAAUACGGCAUUUAUCAAGAAAUGCAAGACGUCUUUGGCAGCCGAUGUCAAGCAGCAACUACUGAACGAUAUCAAAAAGCUUAGUCUGGAGAAGUUCAUUUCUGAACUUGCGACCAGCGUCAUGGAAGGCAUGCUCAAGUGCAAAACGACCGUGGACGUAGCAGCUUGCAUUGAAGUGCUAUCGGCUCUUCACCAACGCUUUCCCAAUACGUUCACUCGAUUAUUAACUUACAACAUGGCCAAAAUCUUGCAACCUCCUUCGAAGCAGCACCUUGCUUCGCUUACCCAAGAGCAACGAGAAAAAGAGGAACAGUCUCGAGUAUUUCGUCAACGGACAUACCUGAGAAUCGCAGUAGAGUUAUGGUUAGUGGGCGUCUUGCGUAAGGUGGAGGACGGCAUUCCCUCGUUAGCCUCCGCAAGCUUGGAAGGCGUCGAAACCCAGCGAGACGGCGUAGCCGGUUUGGGAGGGUCUUCCUCCACGGAUGCUUUAAAGGAAAAAAAGAAGGAGGAAAAAGAAAAUGAUCGAGCUACCACUCAGGGCGGUUUUGUUUUUCGUGUUUUGAAGGACCUGUACAUGCCAUUUGAGCAGCUUGCUUCCGAUAUCGAACAGCACGUCAAUCUUCCUCUGGCGGUAUCGUUUUUGAAGAACUUUGGUCAGCCGGUCUUGGGCAUUGUGCCACGAAAGAAUCAAGCAGCUGCUGCGCAACAUAAAGAAGAAGCCGAAGGAGCCGGUGCAGAUUCAACUAGUUUGGCAGCGGAGGAAUCGGCUGAACCAGUCCCGCUCACGGCCGAUUCAGCCAUCACGCCGGAACAGCGAGAAUUAUUCAAGAACUUGUUGAUGGCUUAUUAUCGUUCGCUGGAAAAGCAUCUUGUGAAGGAGCACAAAUAUAUCAAAAAUAUCGAUUGUCGAAAUCGCGAAAUUCUCUUCACUCGGGGUGAAUUAUCCGAAGAAUCCAAACAAAAGUACGAAAAAACAACCAAGCUCUAUGAAAAACUGCUCAACAACACACAGACGUUGGCCGAUGCCCUGAAUAUGGAGAUGCCUGAACUGCCGGAAGAUGAAGGUGUGACAAAGGUGUCCAUGGUCACCGCAGGUCCGUCCAAUACAUUUGCUGAAGGAAAGACAACUGUGUUCACCAUCGUUUAUGCAUUUGAUAAUCCUCAGGAAUCCACUGGCAAUGGUAUUUGGGAAGAUGAUUAUGCUCGCAAAUUUUACGAAGACCUUCCAGACCUUCGUAUCCUCGUUCCUGGUGUAUUCCUGGAUUCUGAAAAUCAGCGCAAAGCGGAGGAGAAAGAAGGAGAAGCAGAGAAUGCUGAAAAAGAAGAAACACCAGCAGACGUAACAACCGAGUCCCCUGAUGCGGCCGCAGCAAAGGAGGAUGAAGCAGAUACCAUGCCCAACGACGCACCGGUGGACGACGACAGUGCAGAUGCGGAUGACGAAACUUUGCUUGAAAAUGAUGCUGAUAUUAACGUGGAUCCUUCAGCUAUUGUCGAUGAAGCAUUGGAUGCGGAUAAAGACGAUUCAGCCGAUAAUGCAGCGAAUGUGAAGCCUACGCAGCUGGCUCAAUUGGAUGCCCUAUUGGCAAGACUACCUACAUUAGGAAAUCGAGAUUUGAUAGACAGUGCCGCCGUGGAAUUCUGCUACCUUAAUUCCAAAGCUGCCCGUAAACGGCUGAUCAAGGCGGUUUUGAGUGUGCCACGUCAACGCGUAGAUUUGUUACCCUACUAUUCCAGAUUGAUUGCCAUUCUCAAUCAGUAUUACCCCGACGUUGGCGACACAGUAUUGGCAGCGUUAACGCACGAGUUCAAGGGUUUGCAGAGAAAAAAGACCGCGGAUUUGCUGGAAACCAGAGUCAAGAAUAUCCGCUUCCUUGCGGAACUGACCAAGUUUCGCGUGACCCCAGCUCAUACGAUCUUCCAUAUUUUCAAAGUCGCUCUGGACGAUUUCACGAAUCAGAACAUCGAUGUUGUAUGCAAUCUCCUUGAAACAUGUGGACGCUUUUUGUUGAAAGCGCCUGAAACGGGCGUGCGAAUGGGCAACAUGCUGGAAAUUGUCAUGCGAAAGAAAAAUGUACAGCAUCUGGACAACCGACAAGCAUUGAUGGUGGAGAACGCGUACUAUCAAGCGAAUCCUCCCGAUCGAUCAGCCGUCGUAGAAAAGCAUCGUUCGACAAUGGAACUGUAUUUGCGCAAACUGAUCUACACGGAUCUGAACAAGAAAUCAUUGGACAGGAUUCUCAAGCAGCUGCGAAAGCUUCAUUGGGAAGACCCCGAAGUCGUUCAUUUGCUGUCGAAACUAUUCCACAAGAUAUGGAAAAUCAAGUACAGCAAUAUUCAUUUAAUGGCAAUUCUCGCUAGCGGAUUGAACCGAUAUCAUUCCGAUUUUGGUAUGAAAGUCGUGGACGGGGUGGUGGAAGAAAUUCGCGUUGGUUUGGAACAAAAUAUCUUUAAACAUAACCAGCGACGCAUUGCGGUGGUAAAGUACCUUGGCGAACUUUAUAACUAUCGAAUGGUGGAUUCGCCAUUAAUCUUUGACACGUUGUAUACCAUUGUAACUUUUGGUCAUGAUUUUGGCAGACCGGCACGAGAGCGACCCUGUCCUAUUGAUGCGCCUCAUGACUUUUUCCGUACGCGAUUGUGCUGCACUUUGCUCGAUACCUGCGGCAUGUGUUUUGAUCGUGGCAGCGCUAAGCGCAAACUAAACCAAUUUUUGGUGUUUUUCCAAAUGUAUAUCUUGAGUAAGAUGAAACCGCCUAUGGAUGUUGAUUUCAUGGUGACGGAUACGUUUGAGAUGCUGCGUCCACAAAUGCACAUAUUCGCUUCUUAUGAAGAAGCAAAUGAAGAAGUGGACCGUAUGCUUUUGGAACAACUUAAAGCCGUCCAAGGAGCGGAUGGAAAAGCGCAAGAAGAGGGAUUUGAGGAUAGCGAAUCGGAAUCCUCGAGCGACGAAGGCGAAGAUGAAGACGAAGACGUGGAAAAGGACGAAGAAGAGGAAGAGGAUGAAGAAAAUGAUUCCGCCAUGGCCAACAAUGACGGUGAGGAAGACGAUGUGGUUGUUUUGAAAAAGAAGGAAGAACAAAUUUCCAAGGAAGAAGAUGAGGAAUUUGAAAGAGAAUUCAGCAAAAUGAUGGCCGAAAGUAUCGAGUCGCGAAAAUUCGAAAAGAAAACGGCGGUGCUAGAUGUACCUAUUCCUAUGAAUCUCCGCGGCUUGCAAGAUCGUCGCAGUGCGGCACAAGAGAAAGGAAAGGCGAAUGAUGGCAAGAUGGCGUUUACCUUGCUCACACGCAAAGGCAAUCGACAACAGACAAAAAUCAUGGAAGUACCUGCCGAUUCUCUUUUGGCGGUAACGACACGAUCAAAGCAAGAAGCCGAACGCGAAGAGCAGCAGCAUCUGAAACAACUGGUUCUCAAUUACGAAGAACGAGAAGAAGCGGCGGCUCGUCAAGCUGCAUUAGAGGAGAGAGCAAGACAACGUGGCCAAUGGCGAGGCAGACGUAUCCUUCACAUGGGAGGCGGCGGUGGACAAGCCUACUCGUCUUCUCCAAGACGGUAA